GCUGUACUUAUUUCGCAGCGCCCAGGGAUCCCGGGCGGGUUAGGACUCGUGGCUGCGGUGGGGGUGCGGUGGAUGAAGGCCCUGGGGCGGGAAGCGCGGAUGCCUGGAGCGGGAGGCGGCUCUUCUCAUGAUUCCAGAUCGGGGGCGACUUAGCCCGUCGAGCCGCUCGCGGACUCCGCCUCCAGCACCGCCACCCUCGGCUCCGCCCCCUCCUCGAGCGCUUAUUCCAGGCACUGGCAGGGGCCACAAGGGUCCAGUUGUGGCUGCUCGAGCUAUGAGGGCUGAGGCCCCUGGUGCGCGCCCGGCCCUGGCACUGCUGCUGCUGUUGGCCGGGGCCAAGGUAUCGGCCGCCGACUCGCCCACCGCCCCGCCGCUCUUCAACGUGAGUCUGGACGCGGCCCCGGAGCUGCGCUGGCUCCCGGUGCUGCGGCACUUUGAUAAGGAUUUGCUGCGUGCCGCGCUGGCCCAGAUUGUCUGGGAUAAUGUCCCCGAGUGGGUCCUCACACUGAUCCGAAAGGCGGUCUGGGAGCUGGAGUUCUUCCUGCCCCAGCCCUUCAUCGACGAGAUCCGCGGGAUGUGCGACGCCCUGGACUUCAGCCUGGGCGACUGCAUCCUCCUCAACCUGGCCUACGAGUCCACCGCAUUCUGCACGAGUAUUGUGGCUCAGGACUCCAGAGGCCACAUUUACCACGGCCGGAAUCUGGAUUAUGUUUUUGGAAGAAUCUUACGCAAUUUGACUGUGGAUGUGCAGUUCUUAAAGAACGGGAAGAUUGCAUAUACAGGAACCACUUUCGUUGGCUAUGUAGGCUUAUGGACUGGUCAGAGUCCACACAAGUUCACGGUUUCCGGCGAUGAACGAGAUAAAGGCUGGUGGUGGGAGAACGUCAUUGCUGCCCUUUUUCAGAGACACUCACCAAUCAGCUGGCUUAUCCGCACCACCCUGAGUGAAUCAGAAAGCUUCGAAGCUGCUGUUUACAAAUUGGCCAAGACGCCCCUUAUCGCUGAUGUUUAUUACAUCGUUGGUGGCACGACCCCCCGGGAGGGAGUGGUCAUCACAAGGAACAGACGUGGCCCAGCGGACAUUUGGCCUCUAGAUCCUUUAAACGGAGCGUGGUUCCGAGUUGAGACAAAUUAUGAUCACUGGAAGCCAGCGCCUAAGAAAGAUGACCGCAGAACACCUGCCAUCAAAGCCCUUAAUGCCACAGGCCAAGCCAACCUCACCCUGGAGGCGCUCUUCCAGGUUUUAUCAGUGUUUCCAGUUUAUAACAACUACACAAUUUAUACUACGGUCAUGAGUGCUGCCAGCCCAGACAAGUAUAUGACUAGGAUCAGAAACCUGGGUUAAAAGCAGAAGAGUGACUUCACCUAUGCUGUGAAAGAUGAUUUUUUAAUGGAAUUUUUGAAGAGCUGCACUUUAAAAAAUAAAGUGCAAAGGUUGUAUUUUAGGCUCCUUCCUCAUUAAACUUUCCAACUUCUGAGAGUGGGGCAGGAGGAUGACUUUGGAGCUUGUUUUGGAAAAGUGGGUAACAGGCUCUUGGAUUCACAUUCUUCCCUCAAGGUUUGCCUUGACCUUCUCUUAGCUUCUGCAUCCUGGCUUGAAAAACUCAGAGAUAAUUGGUCUCGGAGGACAAGCCGUACCCUCUGGCUCUAUUCAACACUUUUCACCCUCAACUAUAGCAACAUACGUUGUCAUAAAACUUCAGCUUAUAAACAAAUGAGCAGGCAACGACACCUCAGCUGGAGUCCUUCCUGCUCACCUGGUUUCAUCUUGGUUUGUGGAGGAUGAUGUCAUCCCUUAUAUCUUGUCGUCUGAGAUCACCUUAGCUAAGGAAUUGUGGAAUUAAUUGAAGAAACCUCAGUUAAAAUUGCAGCGGAGACAGGCCUAGAGGGGAGCUCUCCCCCAACCCCUGAUUCCUCCCCAAGCAUCAUCAGUUACUCAAACCGGAAGAGCACAUGCACACAUCUCAGCCAGCACGGCACAGUGAGUGCUGCCGUCCAACCGGAAGGAGAAAACGCCCGGUCUGACAACAGCCCAGCCAGUCAGACUGUGGCUGUCCAACCAAUGAAAAGCCUCCAUACUUCGGACUCCCAGCUUCUUCCAAUGAACUGUUUGUUUUUAUAAUCCCUCUCAAUUCCUCACUUUUCCCUGUAAAAGCAAGGCCUUCUGCCUUGUUUUCUGGAUUUGCCUGUGGUCCGCAGUAAUUCACCGACCCUGAAUUGUAAUUUCUGUGGCUAGUCCUAAAUAAACUUGUUUUUGCUGGCAAAA